UCCAUAUUCCGUUCAAAACCAUAUUCCUUUCAAUUUUUUUUUAUUGCAAUGUUAAUGUUUUUUUAUAACUUUAUGUAUGCUGCUCUAAAUUUUCUCUAAGACAUUAAAUCUGCGUUGUGCCUUUUGGGCAUGGAAUAACAAGCAAGCUGGUAGCAACGCCAAAAUUUAAAAAGAAUUACAACCAAAAAUACCAAUUUGAAACUGUGACUGUGAAUAACCUAUAAAACUCGUUUUCAUGGAUCUAAUAAACGAAUAUAAAGCAUUUGAAAAAAAUAUCUGACCCGCUUAUAAGCAUUGUUUGAUAUUUGAAAAUGUUUUUUAAAGAACGGGAUAAUUUUAUGUUUGGUAUUCAACAUGCUCUCAGUCUUCCCCUUCGUAGAAAAUGUGCCGAAUUAACAGUAUUGUUUGAUCGCGGUACUUUAUUGGAAUUGCACAAUAUUUUUCCUGUACUAAUUGACAACAUAUUUGGCCCGCAAGGUACAGUAUGUUGGUGGUUAAGAACAACUACUGAAGAACAGUUGGAAGAUUUUCAACAACUUCAUCACUUUUUGUCACCUUGCGGUCCUUUGUUUAAUCUAAUCUAUACUUUAUUAAAGGAUCCAAGCAUUAAGUAUGAAUUUCCUUUGACAUUUUUACCAGAAAAAGUUAAGCAAUUUUUGGAACAUCCUACUGGACAUCCAUUUUACUCAGAUCUAAUAAAUACUUCAUCAAAUAAACAAGUCACAUCUCUUAUGCUCAAUGCUUUUGACUAUUAUUUCUUCCAUUUUGCUUACCAUUUGAUAAAUCCUUGGCAGCAGAGAGCGGGUGCCUUUGUAACAUCCUGGAAUACUGUGUAUUAUGUCCUAUGCUGUGAUUAUAUUUUACACUUUUUACCUACAGACCCUAAUACUACUAUCUUGCCAGAAAUAUAUUAUAAUGGAAAGAAUCCGACAAAAUCCAUCCCAACCAAUUUAACGCAUCCUCCCAGGUCAGGAGGAAUUAACAUAUUCAUGAAUCCUAUAGUCCUAAACAAAAACAUUGAAGACAACAAAUUUGUAAAUUUGGAUCGUCAUCAUCCAAGAAAUGAAAUUUGGCGUAGUGAGACGGUUUUAACAGUUUUUAUUGAUAUGUGGCUCCAUAUUGAUUCCAUAAACCAGUCCAUUAGUCCCACUGAUGUUAUGACUUCUAGAUUAUAUUUUAAUGAAUUGCCAACUGGUGAAUAUAUGAGAAUAGUAAGAGCUUUAAUAAAACAACUUCAUUCAUUUGCUAACAGUGCUAAGGAAGAUGAUACUCCAUUGGGUGAACUAAAAAAAAUUACUAUAUCAAUGAUUCAGGGAAAAGUGUACAUAUUCCUGAGAAACCUGAUACAUCGCUGGCCUUUAGAUGGUUCUUUUCGGCUAGUCUUAGAACUAUGGUUAACUUAUAUACAGCCAUGGCGUUACUUUGCAAAUACUUUUAAGAAGCAGAUGGAGGUUAAUCCUGAUACUGAAGAUGCUUUAAGCCCAUCUGAUAAACAACAACAUACACUCACUUCUGAAUACUUACCAUUUAUAGCUGAAAAUCUGUUGUGUUACACAGUCAUUUUUCAUCAACUGUUAUCAAGAUUUGUUAGAGUAGAUUUGGUUAGUCCAAAAAUGUCAUUGAUGCUGUAUAGAAUUACCAAGGUUUUUGACCAACCUAAUCUUCCGGACUACCUGAAAGAAGUCGAACAAUGUGUUGAUAACAAUCGGACAUCACCAACUCGUCCUAAGCAUAAUGCAGAGAUUUUACCCCCUCUUUCCCCAAGCGCCUGGUUAAAUACGCCUACGAAAUCAUUUUGGAACCAUAAUACUGCUAGUACAUUUUCUGGCAGUAUAAUUGGACAUGGCGAGAAAAAAUGGUUGGUAAUUGUAAGGCAAAGGAUGAAUGAAUUAGAAGGACCUAGUUUUGUUUACAAGAAGCUAUUUUCUGAGCCACCUGUGCAUGAGGUGUACGAACUCUUAAUACAAAUCCAAAAGUCAAUAGGAUCUGCUCAGAACAUAAUAAAAAUGAAAGAACAUGAAGAAAAAGAAAUGUAUUCAGGUUUUUGGGGUUCUGUAAAAUAUUUAUUACAAGCAUCUGCUUCAACUGAUGAGUUUACUCUCAAUGAUAGGAAGAAAGUUCCUCUUUACUUGGAAGUGUCCUUAGGAAAUUUAAAGGACAUGUUUAACAUUAGGGAUGAGUAUUUCAACUAUGAACCAGAAACCAGUCCUGUUUUAAGUGAAUCCACUGAUUUGUCAAAUAAUUUCAAGAUGCUCACACCUGAAAGAGUUCGAAGCCGAUUAAAAACCAUUAAAUAUGAAGGCGACCCUGACUUACUACCCAUCAGAUCGGAUGAAUGCGCUUUUUUAGUUAGGACUUUAUACCAAGUCUCAUUGAAAAUUAAUGAAAAUUUUGGUACAUACUUUAACCAACUUUACCGCAGGCCAACAUAUUGUGGUAGAUUUUCAAGGCAGAUAUUAUGCCCGCCAGUGACUGUUUACAAAUAUGACAAGUCAAUGCCCGGCUCUCCCCGAGUAGACUCCAACCUUCCUCCAAGGAUUAGUUUGAGACCCUGUGCAAGUUUGAAAUUCCUAACCUAUUUAUUUUGUGGAGCGUUUAUCAGUUGGAUGUUAAAUUAUAGAUUAGAAACUUACUUUGUACUUUUGUUUCUCUUGUUUGUACUUUAUAAGGCAUUGAAGUCCAUUCCAAAUGAUGGCUGCCCCCUACGACAUAGCUAUCCCACACAAGGAUUUGGAAAUAUUAGUUUUAAUGAAUCUAAUUACUAAGAAAUUUAGCUUAAGUUAAAUGCAUGUUUUACAUUGUAUUUUUUAUUUUUUAAUAAAGUAUAUUUUUUCGCGCAAGUGAUACCCUCCUUCUGCAACUCCUAUAUAAUAAAAUAAUGCUUUACUUUGAAUGUCAAAUUCUCACAAGGUGUUCCACAGAG